GUAUGUUUUUUUCAUAACUUAUGGAUAACCACGUGGUAUUUAUAGUUUACUGUUUUAAGAAAGUUUAGCAUUUAUUUAAUGUUUAUUAUAUCAAUUGUUAUAUGACAAUGACUGAACCCGAGAUUUUAAAUAACGUUAUAACUGUGAUCGACGGUAACACGCGAAAUUAUGAAGAAUUUUUAAGUAUACAGAAUGUUGUCUCAGUCAAAAUCAAAAAUGCUACGAAACAACUUUAUGACUUUACAAAAGAACAAACAAAAAGAAAUACAGAUGCAUUGCCAGAGUUAUUAAUCGAUGGAUUUGAUGAAGAACAAAUUUGGCAACAAUUAGAACUGCAGAACGAAGGAGAAUUAACACAUUUUUUAAAUAACGUACCCAAAUUGUUAGCUGGUAAGAAAACACUAACGUUACCUAUCUCUCCUACAAAGCCUGAAUUAACAGAAAGUAAAGAUGAAGAUGCCAAAGCUGAGAGUAUAUCGAGCGUGGAUCAAGAAAAAGAAGAGGAAGAAAAAGAAGAAGAAGAAGAAUUGAAGAGUAAUUUAAAAAAGGCUAAGAAGGCAAAAAGACAUCAUAAGAAGUCUAUCGUAGAUGAUAAAUUUUUUAAGUUACAAGAGUUAGAUGAAUAUCUUACUAAAGAAGAAAGAAAAGAAAAACAAAUUAAGAAAGAUGCGGAGGAGUCGGACGACGACGAUGAAGAAUCUGUAGAUUUAUUUAAUGAUAUGUCAGAUGACGAAGAUGAUACUUCGAAAGAUGGAAAAUUUAUUAAAUACGCAGACUUCUUCGAUAAUCCUAAUAGCGAGGAUGAAGGCGACGACGGUAAAGUAUUUCCCUUAUCUAAUGAUAGAGGUGAAAUCGAUGAAAAGGAAGAUAACGAAUCGUUUGAAAAUAGCGAAUUAGAAGAUGUUGAUGAAGAUGAUAACGAUUUAAAACCUAUUACUAAAAAAGUUAAGUUCAACUUAACAAAUGAUUCGGAUGAAACUGAUAGCUUAGAAAAUAAAAUAGAGAAUAAAGAGAAAGAUGUAAAAACAAAAUCGUCUCUUGAAGCACGUCAAGAACGUUUGCAAGCAAGAAUCCAGCAACUGGAAGAAGAAGCGCUCGCAGAAAAGCCCUGGCAAUUGAAGGGAGAAGUAAACGCUGCUGUCAGACCACAAAACUCUUUAUUAGAGGAAUAUGUAGAGUUCGAUGUUACCUCCAGACCACCUCCAAUUAUUACCGAACAAACUACUUUUAAACUGGAAGAUAUAAUAAAGCAACGAAUAAAGGACAAGGCUUGGGAUGAUGUUGAAAAGAAAUUCAAGCCUGUCGAAACACCUUUGGAAUAUAAGAAAAAAUUAAUAUUAAAUCAGGAAAAGAGCAAAGAAAGUUUGUCUCAAAUUUAUGAAAACGAAUAUCUUAAGCAAAAACAAGCAUUAAAUCCAGAAACGAAAGAAGUCGAAGAAGAAGAACCAAAAGCACACGUUGAAAUUCGCGAAAUGAUGACAUCCUUGUUCUCCAAAUUAGAUGCAUUAUCUAAUUUCCAUUAUACUCCGAGACUGGUUCAGCCGGAAAUUAAAAUUAUUAGUAACGUUCCUGCCAUCAAUAUGGAAGAAGUUGCCCCAGUAGCGACCAGCGAUGCUGCCUUGUUAGCUCCCGAAGAAAUUCAAGCCAAAUCACGAGGCGAUAUCAUUGGUAAAUCGGAACGAACGACCACUGAUAUGAAACGAGAAAGGAGAAAGAAAAAACUCAAACAAAAGGAAAAACAGAAAGAGCGAGAAAGAAAAAUACAAUUAAAUGCAAUGAAACCAGGAAUGGAGAAAAAAUAUAAAAAGAAUAUAAACUUAGAAUUGACGAAAAAAUUAAGCAAAGAUAGGAAUAUUACAAUAGCGGACGAAACAACGAACAAAAUCACCAAAUCUUCGAAUGCAUUCUUUAGUCAACUACAGGACCAAGUUAAAAGUCACAUCAAGUCCAAAGUAAAUCCAAUGUCUAAAGACAAAAAUAAGAAAACAUCUGCUGCCAAAUUAAAAUUGUAAAUAUUUUGUAUAUAAAAUAUAUAAUUAUUUUAAAUAGAAUUUUAUUUCUUUUAAUGAAAUUGGUCUAUUUUUUUGGUCUCGACUUGACGCGAUUAAUACGUGUGUGUAUAUGUGGUCGUUUAGGAUUGAGGAAUAUCUUUAAUGAGUAUGAGUAAGAAGAUUUCAAAUAUUUAGAAAGAUAUCAAUAUUAAAUACAAGAUGUUUAAUCAACUGUUACCUACACAUUUUGAUAUCUUUCAUCUCUUCGCUAUUAUAAUUAUUGUCAGAGGUAACGUUGAAACUACAUUCGUACAGGAUGAUUGAUUGAAAAAAAUCGUAUAUAUAUAUAUAUGUGUGUGUUAUGUGUAUACCUCAUAAUUAGUGAAAAAUGUUCCCAAUUCAUCAUGAUAUGCUGCAAUUUUAAUUUGGAUCUGCUUAUCGAAAAUUUUGCUAAACAUGUACAAAUGCAUUGAGUCACACGUGGUUACUUAUAAAUGCAAUUAUUUAUAUGUAUAACAUUAUCUAUAUUUUUCUUUAAGAGUAUCUAAAAAUGGUGUUUUGCACAGAGAAGCAAAGUGGGUUACAUAAUUUUGUACAUUGUCAAGUUUGAACAAUUUUCGUCAAAUGUUGAUUUAUGAUUGCACGGUUUAUAAUUACAAAGAUCUAAAUUAAAAAUAAUUAAGCUAAUCUUAUAUGACUAACGAUAAGCUGGUAUUAAAAUGAUCAUGCUUUGUAUAGAUUCGAUUGAUUAAUUUUAAAAAUAUUUCUUUUUAAUAAUCAAGUAACACAUUAUACCUAAAUUAUAUCUUAAAAAGAAUUUGUUAUGUAUACAAAAUGAAGUAUGCAAUAUUCUAAUGAAUAAAAAGAUCAUAUUACACUACUUCUUUGAACAAGGAUAAAUAAAAUUAGACAUCGGUGAUUUCAGAAGAUUGCAAUCGUUAUCUAUCGUACCACACUUAUUUAUAUAUGCCAUGUAAAGCAAGGCUUCUCUCUUCUGAAGAACGUUGUAAAUGUCCUACUAUAAGCUUCCAAAUAAUAAACUACUUUGAAAGAGAAAGAGAGAAAAAGAGAGACACAAAUUGAAUCAAUAAAACACAAAGUUUUUCAUUCCUUUGAAAAUUAUUAAAUCAUAUUGACUAUAAAAUAACGAAAUUCGCAUUCUUGCGAAACGCAUUGUCAGAAAAAAUUUAAUUUUAUAAUUACAUAAAAGAAGAAUAAAAUAUUUAAAUAUCUUCAUAUAAUUACCUUCAUGUUAAUAAUUAUUAAUUUAUAGCUUUUUUAUUUAUUUUUUGUUGUUUUAAAUUACUUGCUAAAAUAUCUGUUAAAAACACAUAAUAGGAGCAAGCAUUCUCUAAUGGCACUUUAGCUAAUGUAAGUAAUACCCACUGAUCUUAAUAAGAAUGCAUUGUAAAAUUCACACAAUUUUGAGAGCAUAAUUUAAA